GUGUGGACGCAGUGCCGCCCGCCGGCGGGCUGGGCCGGAGCAUGUGCAACUGCGGCAGCACCUGGCAAGGAGCCGCAGCGCCGGGGAUGUGAACCAGGCGGGGAGGAAGGCCCUUGACUCAUCAGAUAAAUCCAGCCCCGCACUGCGAGUGAAGGCGGAGGAGGCGCGGCGGCGAGCAGCGGAGGAUGGCGGGGGACAGUGAGCAGCGGCUGGAGGAGCAGGGGCAGCCCAGCGGCGGGGAGCCUUUCCUCAUCGGCGUUAGCGGCGGCACGGCCAGCGGCAAGUCAUCAGUGUGCUCCAAGAUUGUCCAGCUGCUGGGCCAGAACGAGGUGGACUAUCGACAGAAGCAGGUGGUGAUCGUGAGCCAAGACAGCUUCUACCGGGUGCUCACCUCAGAGCAGAAAUCCAAAGCACUCAAAGGCCAGUUCAAUUUUGACCACCCAGAUGCCUUUGACAACGAGCUGAUCGUGAAAACACUCAAAGAGAUCACAGAAGGGAAGACGGUCCAGAUUCCUGUCUAUGACUUUGUCUCCCACUCCAGGAAAGAGGAGACGGUGACCGUGUACCCAGCUGACGUGGUACUCUUCGAAGGCAUUCUGGCCUUCUACAGCCAGGAGGUGCGGGAUCUCUUCCGCAUGAAGCUCUUCGUGGACACGGACGCAGACACCCGACUGUCCCGCAGAGUGCUACGAGACAUCAGUGAGCGAGGCCGGGACCUGGAGCAGAUCCUAUCUCAGUACAUCACCUUCGUCAAGCCCGCCUUCGAGGAGUUCUGCUUGCCGACCAAAAAAUAUGCUGAUGUGAUCAUUCCCAGAGGAGCAGAUAAUGAAGUGGCCAUAAACCUGAUAGUGCAGCACAUCCAGGACAUUCUUAACGGAGGACUCAGCAAACGCCAGAGCAACGGGUACCUGAAUGGCUACACUCCCCCGCGCCAGCGACAGCCCUCAGAGUCCAGCAGCCGGCCCCACUGACCCAGGCAGAGGCGUGAGGCCACGGCCAGGCCGCUGGGCACUGCCACGGCCCCUCUGUACAUACUGUCCACUCAUUCCCCCCUUAUCUAUUUAAGAAACCAGAUGGAGACGAAUGCCUUUAAUUUUGUAUGUUCGAAUUGCCGAAUGAGAAGCAGCCAGUUGCUCAGGAGCCUGGACUACCCUCAGCUCCCGGCCUUGCUCAAUAACUCCUCCAGCAUGGAACUGGCUAUAAAUCUCUAUAAAUAUAGAAUUGCUCUAUUUUUGUGUAAAUGCAGAAUAACGUAAAAUUACUUGCCGUAAGGUAUUUGCCAGGCUCAGUAUUGCUGGGAGGGACUGGGAAAGGGGGUCCUGAGAGGUGAUGGUGUGAGGAUCUUCACCUCAAAGGUGGUAAAGAAGGAAGAGCAUUCAACAGCUGCUUUAGUAUCACUGUGGUGUCCAUCCUGGGGAAGGGCAGUGGCAGCUUGAGUGUGGGCUGAGUGUUACACCUGGGCUGGGAUUGUCUCUUCCUGCCAUUGUUUUCAGGUCUGAGCAGCCUGGUUUUGGCUGGCAGGUGCUGCACAAUGCCUCUGGCAGCUGGGAGAAUGAUGUGGAGUAUCUCCCCCUGACUCUCUGCAGCUCCAGGUCUCAGCCUUUAAACAGCAUGCCAUUCUGUGCCUGACACUCCUUCCCACCACAGGUGUGGGGCUGCCGUCACACCCUCCAGUGAGGACCUGGAAGGUGGUGCUGGGUAUGUGGCCAUGUAAACACGGCCUUUUUAGCAGUCUCAAUGCCUGGCUUGUGUGGGGGCAGCACACGGAUGGAUACCUUUAGCCCCUCUGGAGCUUGGUGGCCAUGUCUGGUGGCACUGUUAGUUGACCCUGGGCUGACCUGCCUGGAGGUUGGCUUGCAGGUCAGAGGUGUGUCUCAUUCCUCACUUGGAUUGGUUUUGCUCUUGUAUGCGGGAUUUUGGGAUGAGGUAUGGUUACAGGAGAACCAGCCUCUUCUAAAAGAAAGGGGCAGUGGCUGAUAAAAGGCAGCUGCUGAGCUGCCUGUCUGAAGGGCUCCGUAGUGAGUGGUCCCUGGGCUGCCUCACAUCCCCAUGUGGGACAUCCACAGGUCCCAUCUGGGUAGUGUGAAACUGGGUGCCCAGCAGUCCUCUGCUCCCUGUUUUCAGAGCAUGCUCUUGCCUGUCCUGUGUCCCUUUCACUGUCCUGGAGGAGGACAGUGUCCCAAGGGCUGGCCAGGCAGUGCUCUUCCUUGCCUAGGGUGAGACUUAGUCUCCCCAUACCUGGUAGUGCUACAACAGCUGUGUCCAGAGAUGCCUGGUGGUGUUAGGGAUGCCCGGAGAGGCUCCCUGCAGGGUGGGGCAGUUUGGCUGGGGCAGGAGCUUGGUGGGAGCCAGUGGGAGGGGGUUUGGUGGGAUGGUAGCUAGGAAAGAUCCUUUGACCAGUGCUGCUAAGACUGACUUGCACUCCCAAACCCAAAAUUUCACAGACAUCCCACAAAGCCUGGAGCAGGGACCCUUAGCCUUGCUCCCUCAUGGUUUUUCCAGUCUUUCCAGAGCAUUGGUUUUGCUCUGUGGUUAAGGGUUUAACGGACCAUGCUCCAUUGCUCUCCAGUCUGAUGUAAGCUGGGACAAGCUUUCGUCUUUGAGAGAGCAAGAAAGGAUACACCUCCCCGCAGUGACUGCUGCUGGGACAGACUCAUUCCUUCUUGCUCUGUGAUGAGGCAGUCUUUUAUCCCCCUCCCUGUCUGCCAGCAUUCCUCCAGGCAUGUCGGCUUUGCCAUGACCAAGGGCUGGCACUGCCUAAUUCUGUGUAGGUAAGAGGGACCAAAGCCCUGCAGAACUGGUGAGGCUUCUCAGAGCUUAUGCAGAAGACAAGAUAAAAUAUUGACCUCCUCUCCCUGGUGAAUAAAGACAGAAUAAAUGGA